UGUGUUGUUAAAUUGUGCGAAAUAACUUCAAAUACAGUUAGUUAAAUCUAUUUUUAAGGACAUGUGGUUUGGGAGCAGAUGAACGCAUUGAAAGUGUUCUGAAUGUUUGAAAUCCUCGAAAAAAAAUAACAUCCCAUCGUUAGCAUGCCGAUGUAACAAUGUGUUAACCGAACCUGACUGGCUAACGUUAGUUAUUUGCAUAUCUAAAGUUAAAUGUACAUUGUUUUCUGAAAUGCAACUAUACUGACUGACAUUUGCUUACAAUUUAGUAUUGUUUUGGUGUCAAAGUGAUGUCAACUUUAUCUUCACACAUUAAUUUUUAGCUAGCUAACGCGUUAGCUGGAGACAGCUGGCUACCUAACAGCCAUUGUAAGUAACGUUAUCUGCUGCUAAGUGUUACCAGACUUUGGAAAGAAUAGGAGAUAACUACCAAUUACUUUCUCGUAUUCAUCCAGACAGCUACUAUAGCUAGCUAGUAUAAUGUUAGUUGUCUUACAGAAAGACACAUUCAGCAUCCUUACCACUCCGAUUUAGAAAACAAGAAUGUUGGGGGAAUGCGGUAUGCUGGAACGAGACAGAAGGGGGCUUCGGAAAUGCUCUGUGACUCUCUGCAAAGAGAUGGUGGUGGACGAGCUGUUCAUUCAGRRGCUGCAGACAGACGACAUUCUUACCGACAGCAUGGCAGAAAGCAUCCUGGUGGAGCCGACCUCCCACAAGCGGAGCUGGCGUCUGCUGUCCCUGCUUCCCAAGCGUGGUCCCAGAGCCUUCAGCAGCUUCUGCUCAGCACUGAGAGACACAGAGCAGCAGCACCUAUGUGCCCUGCUCACAGAGUCACCAGAGAGGGACGGAGAGAGACAGUGUCCCCAGACAGCUAAGGCGAAAGACAGGGCUGAGGAGGUGAUUUCCACAACAUACCCAAUCCAAGCUUCAGACCGCUACGCCCCAUUCACAAAGACCCCAGUCAAAGACAGUGAGGAAGAGAGGGAUGAAGAGAAAGAGGUGAGCUCUAACCAACACCUAACCCAAGCUACAGACUAAGUUAGAAUAUUUUCCUGGUAUUUUACAAAUGUUCCAUCCCAAGAAUAAAACAACUUUUCUCCCAAGUAACCCUGUAUUUCCCUUCAAAACUGGAAGUGUCAUUCAAAAACAUUAUAAAGCAUAUGUAAUGAAAAACGUUCAAACCUAAUGCUACCUGAGUCUGAUACAUUUUACGAGCCCUACAUUAAAGACAUUUAAUGAGCCCAAAGCCCAUUAUCUAUAGGAUAUAGGCUACUGC